GGAAGCAUCCUCUCCUAACCCAAACACAAACCCACAGCACUAGCAACGGAAAUCCAAACAUGUACUCAAAGAAAUCCCUUAUCUCUUUCCUCUUCUUACUACUAAUAGCUUCUUCCAAGGAAGCAGCAUCAUCAGCAUCUGAGGAAGCAAAAGCUCUACUGAAAUGGAAAGCCAGUCUCUCUCAAACAGAGGCUCUCCGUUCAUGGUCCUUAUUCCCCAUUGCCAACGCUUCUGCCGCCCGACAGAGCUCUCCAUGCAACUGGACCGGAAUCACAUGCGAUCGCUUACGAAGUGUAGUAGGUAUAAACCUGCAGAAUACGAGCCUACAAGGUACUCUUGAUAAUUUGAGCUUCUCUUCAUUUCCCAACCUCGUCGGCCUCAUUCUCAACCAAAACUUACUCCGUGGAACCAUUCCAACCCAGAUUUGUUCUCUUUCAAAGCUCAUCCUCCUUGAUUUGUCUGCCAAUCAACUAUCAGGUGCCUUGCCUCCUUCACUAGCUAAUCUUACUAGCAUUCUAGAGCUCCACCUUUCUAAUAACAUGAUAACUGGCGUAAUAUCCCCUCAUUUCUUCACCAAUUGGACCAGACUCACCUCCCUUGAUAUCCAUAACAAUCAACUCACCGGACAAGUUCCGUCAAGAAUUAGCCUGCUGAGAAAUGUCAUCUACUUAGACCUCUCCAAUAAUCAGAUAGUUGGCUCGAUACCUCCAGAAAUAGGAACACUUAAACAUCUCCUCACCCUAGGCUUGGAAAGAAACAAUCUCACGGGUGUCAUCCCUCCAUCUCUGUGUAAUAUGAGCCAGCUGAAGUUUCUGUUCCUCUUUGAAAACAGAGUUUCAGGCCCUGUCCCUCAGGAAAUAGGAAAUUUGAGGAAUCUGAUAUACAUGCUCAUGGGUGAUAACCUUCUAAACGGUCCAAUCCCUCAAGAUUUAGGAAAACUUAUGAAUUUUGAGCAUCUAGACUUGUCCUAUAACCUUCUAACUGGUUCCUUACCCUACACUUUAGGAAAUCUAACUGAACUUCGCUUCUUAUACCUUUGUGGAAAUCAGAUUUCUGGACAGAUCUCUCAAGAAAUCGGCAAUCUUAAGAAUCUGUACCAUCUACAAAUAUGUAGUAAUCAGCUUAGUGGUCCAAUUCCUCCGUCUAUCAGCAAUUUGAGUAGCCUAGAAUCACUUGUUCUGUUUCAUAAUCAGUUAUCUGGUUCAGUACCUCAAGAGAUAUCGAAUCUAACACGUUUGCAGAGGUUCCUUAUGGGUGGCAACAACUUCUCUGGCCACCUACCUCAAGUAUGCCAAGGCGGAUCACUCACACACUUCAAUAUGGAAAACAACCAUUUCACCGGUCCCAUCCCCGAAAGCCUGAGAAAUUGCAACAACUUAACAAGAGUUCGGCUUGAAAAUAAUCAGCUCACCGGAAAUUUAUCCCACGUCUUUGGAGUAUAUCCUGAUUUAUGGUACAUUGACCUGAGUUAUAAUAGAUUGAAUGGUGAGCUCUCCCCAAAUUGGGGAGAAUGUCGAAAUCUACAACUGCUAAAAAUCUCCAACAACAAUAUCAUUGGUACAAUUCCAUGGCAGAUUGGGCAGCUAAGUCAGCUGCAGGAACUCGACCUGUCUUCAAACAACCUACAAGGAACGAUUCCUAGUAGCCUGGAGAGUUUGUCCAUGCUUUACAAGUUGAGUUUACAAAAUAACAGACUAUCUGGUUGGGUACCGGGUGAAAUUGGAAAACUAUCCAAUUUGGAGAUUCUUGACCUAUCAAAGAACAAGCUGAGUGGGCUGAUACCACAGCAACUGGGGGACUGCUCCAAAUUGCGGUAUUUGAGCAUGAGUGAGAAUUAUUUGAAUGGAAGCAUUCCGUUUCAAAUUGGUAAUCUAAUAGGCCUACAGAGUACCUUGGAUCUCAGCUGUAACUUCCUUUCAGGAGAGAUAAGCCAACAACUUGGGAAACUGCAAAUGUUGGAAAAGCUAAAUCUCUCCCACAAUUCACUCUCAGGUUCCAUCCCAUCAUCUUUCAAAGAGAUGAUCAGUUUAUCUUCCAUCGACUUUUCAUACAAUGAUUUGGAGGGCCCUCUCCCUGACGGGAAAGCCUUCCAUCUGGCUCCAUCAGCGGCAUUCAUCGAGAACAAAGGUUUAUGUAGUGAGGUAAAAGGCAUGCAACCUUGUAAAUCCUCUUUUAUAAAGCCUCACAAUGGGAAGAAAGACCACACGAUUGUGAUCGUUAUUCCUAUCAUGGCAGCCUUAUUUCUUCUACUUGUAUUUGCCACCAUUUUUUUCAUUUUCCUACAAAGAUCCCGCGGAACAAGAAAUGCAGAGAAACGGGACUUGGAAGUGAAAAAUGGAAAUCUAUUUGAAAUAUGUAAUUUUGAUGGAAAGAUUGCAUAUGAAGACAUCAUCAGGGCAACGGAGGAUUUCAAUUACAAAUACUGCAUUGGGGCUGGAGGAUAUGGAAGGGUUUAUAAGGCAGAUCUACAGAUGGGUCAGGUGGUAGCUGUGAAAAUACUUGACUCGUCACAGGGUGGUGAACAAGCUGAUCAAAGAAGCAUUGAAAAAGAGAUACGAGCAUUAACAGAAAUUCGACAUCGCAACAUCGUGAAGCUCUAUGGGUUUUGUUCGCAUCCUCGGUGCUCAUUUUUGGUGUAUGAGUACUUAGAAAGGGGAAGCUUAGCUAGCAUCCUCAGCGGCAAUAAAGGAGCUGUAGAAUUGGAUUGGGUGAAGAGGAUGAAAGUUAUCAGAGGAGUAGCCCAUGCUUUAUCAUACAUGCAUCAUGAUUGCACUCCUCCCAUAGUUCAUCGGGACUUAUCAAGUAAAAACAUUUUGUUGGAUUUAGAAUUUGAGGCACGUGUCUCUGACUUUGGCACCGCAAGACUCAUAAAGCCAGAUUCAUCGAAUUGGUCCACACUCGCAGGCACUUAUGGAUACAUAGCUCCAGAGUUUGCUUACACAAUGAGAGUUACUGAGAAAUGCGACGUAUAUAGCUUUGGUGUUGUAUCACUUGAAGUGAUAAUGGGAAGGCAUCCUGGAGAUCUCCUCUCAUCCUUGGCAACGUCUGGUGGCCAAGAUAUACUGCUGAUGGAUGUAUUGGACCAACGCCUCCCACCUCCAACGCUUGAAAACAUGAAGAGUUUGGUUUCUACAGCAACGUUGGCACUUGCAUGCUUACAUGCCAACCCUCAAUCUCGGCCAUCCAUGCGCCACGUGUCUCACGAGCUAUCCACUAGCAAGGCACCACUCCUUGGUGCUUUCCACAUGAUUGCGUUGGGUCAACUGUUAGAUGCAGAGACAUAAAAGGAUUCAAUUUUUGAAGAGGGAUGGUAACUCCUGGUUCAAGUGAAGCAUGAGGUUUCGUGGAAUAAAACAGGGCCCUCUAGCUUGUAAUCGCAGCUUAUAUUGUUAUGCUUUGGUCCACU